ACCAAGCACUUCCUGGUGCGCGGUGUUCAGCAGUGAAUCCGGAGCUGGUUUAAUGUCUCAGACUUCCCGUAUCAGAGCUGCUCUCCGACACAACAACAAGUUUGUGUGAUCAGAGUGGACAGUGCAGGCAGGACACCUGGACAAUUCAUUAACCUGAAGAGUGAAAUGUUUAAGGAAGUGUGUAGUUAAUCAUUCUCUCACACACACACACACAGAGAGAGAGAGAGAGAGAGAGAGAGAGAGAGAGGAGCGCUAGCUUAGCCUAGCUAACAUUAACAGCCGGCUGGGUCUCAAAUCUCUAACUGUAACACUUUAUUUAAAAAAAAUAAAAGAAAGACGAGGAUUUAACUUCUUUUUUUUUUUUUUUUUUAAAUCAUCCUGAAACAUGGAAGUGGGGCGCCAGGAUCCAUAAGGUGCAAAGUCUCGGCUGUUUGAUCACUGUGGAGACGCCAUGGAGCCAGACGUGAUCCACAUGUACUCGUCCUCUCCUCCGCCCUUGGAGGACGGCGCUGAUGAGGACGACGACGAGUUCAGCGACUUCACCGGCGUUCCCAACAGUGUCAGCUUCACGGAAUUCGAGACGCCCAACACGUUCGAUCAGCUGCAGGCGCUGAACGCGACAUCGCCGCCGGAGUUAAUCGGUAACGGGCGAGUCGUUGGACUUAAUGGACCAGCGAUGUCGAACGGCAGCCAGGGGGAUGCUCCGGCUUGUAGGACUGUUAGUGUGGAGGAACUGAAAAAGGUUACAGAGCGUCCGCUUGGGACUUACACAAACUUUUCGGACUUUCCGGGAAAUGCCUGGAGUGGUAGUGAUGCCGUGGACUGCAACGGAGGAGGCAACGAAGUUCUCACGAAUGGCUUUGCAAAUUUUGGCACGGAGGGAACUCCUCCCUCACGCCACAUACACAGAGAAACGGGUCCCUCAGUGGGUCGCUUUCCCGAUGUAAUCCCCAGUGACAAUGAUGAGGAUUUUGCUGAUUUUGCUGCUUUUUCAAAUGCUGACGUUCCCAGUCACAUCGACAGUGGUGUAAACUGGGAAAAUUCAAACCACGACGCGAGACUAGCACAAGACAACCAACCACAAAGUGAGGAAAAUCAUGGAGCUAGCAUAGCUGGCGAAGCGGUGGACAAUGACAAAGACGAUUGUGUAACAGGGUUCGCCUCGUUUGCAGAGGCUUCAGAUCACCUUAGCAACGGAGACAGGGGUUUCCAUGCAGGGGUGAGUUAUGAACAAAGGGGUCAGGACACUGACCAUGCACAUCAGGACUCGAAUACUACUGAGUCUGUUAGCACAGAGCAACAAAUAUCGCAGAAUGGCGUGGAGCAGGAUGGUUUGGAGGUUAAGGAAAAGAUGGACAACAGGGUGUCCCCCGUCUCCAUGGAUGAGCGAGGUAGCAGCAGCGAGCCGACGGAAGAGAAGGGGUCCGGGAACGACACGGAAACAGAGACCGAAACGGAAACCUCUUUCGGUCGACCACUUUCCACGGAAGCGCUCGAGGAAUUCGGGGAUUUCAGUACGACGGGUUCGGUACCUUCCCCUCCACUACAGGAAGAGACGGCCACGCCUGCUGACCAUAGCCAGCUGGCCGAGGAUGACGACGAGGACUUUGGAGAUUUCGGCGACUUCGGGGAUGCCAGCUCCUUCGGAGGUUCCGGCUUUGCUGAUUUUGACCAGCAGGGGGCAGCGUCGCACUCUGCACCUUCAGAAUCGAUCGCGCCUUCGCAGUCUGUCGGGCAAAACGAUCCUGAAACGACGUGCACUGACGAGGAUGAGUUUGGCGACUUCGAUGCGCAUGGACAACCCGGCAAGACGGCACAAGAUGGCGAAGAGGGAGCGGAGAACACCGAGUUUCCGGGUAGCGACAGUUUCGCGGACUUUACUUCGGCACCUGUUGAUGGCGGUGCUGAUGAUAAUGGGGGGUGGCAGGCGUUUGGCGAGUCGAAUGAGGAAGCGGGGGAAUCGUGGGCAGCAUUCGGUCAGGACCAGGGCUCGACCUUUUCGGAGAAGAGCGAAGACGAUUGGCACGAAAGCCGAUCUGUUACAGCGCCCCCUACUGGCAGUGAUGAAGACAACAGGAAAGACAACAUUAUGGUGUCUCUUGUGAGCCGGUUGGAGAAGCUUUUCCUGGCCAGUUUUCUUGAGCUCUCCUUGCCUCAUGUAGAGGAGGACGUGCUCCCACUUAAAGCCUUCCUAGAGCCAUGUGAAGGAUCAGAGAAAGAAGAGAAAGAGCCAGCACCAGUCAGUGGAGGCGUGCAGGGCGUGUGGCUGCAGCUGCAGGACAUCCACAAUGCGUUUGGUCUGAGGUAUCAGUGGGGCGGCUCACACAGUAACAAAGCUCUGCUCUGCUCACUGGGCAUCGACACGCGGAACAUACUGUUCACAGGUCAGAAGAAGCAGCCCGUUAUUGUGCCCAUGUAUGCGGCCAGUCUGGGAAUGCUGGAACCCACUAAAGAGCCAGUGAAGCCCGUCUCCGCUGCUGAGAUGAUCGCCUCCAUAGCGCAGUCUCCCUCUGUUGCCACGGAGAUGAGUGCCUGCCCCGCCGACGCAGCACAGGAGUCCCUCCCGCCGGUGCAGUUUGACUGGAGCAGCAGUGGCCUUACAAACCCUCUGGAUGCAAGUGGAGGUUCGUCUCUGCUGAAUCUGGACUUUUUCGGCCCAGUGGACGAGUCGCCCUCCAGCUCCACCACCUCCAUACCAGGCGUGGACCCGGAGCUGUAUGAGCUGACCCAGGCUAAGCUGGAUGUGAGCGGAGGCAGCAGCAGAGUGGUGGACGCGUUCGCUCGCCUCAUGUCCACUGUGGAGAAGACCAACACGUCCACCAGGCGGGUGCAGACGCAGAAGGAGGAGAAUCUGAGUGAAGAGGCUCGACGUGUCAUCUCCACACUGCCUGAUCUCUCCUUCAUGCAGGCCAAAGUGCUGAUGUUUCCCUCCACACUCACUCCUCUUCCUCCCUCCUCCUGUUCCUCUUCAUCCCCCUCUCCUGUCCCAGACUGAUCCCUCCAUCUCUCUCUCUCUCUCUCUCUCUCUCUCUCUCUCUCUCUCUCCACCUCACGCCUCUCUAUCCUCACACUGUCUUUUGUUUUUGGUUCGCUUUAGCUCAGCUUGUUGGAGUCAGUUUAAGUUUUGUCGUUUGAGCGUGUGAGAGUGAGCGGAGCGGAGCAGAGUGUUCAGUCUCUAGAGGUGUGGAAGCGUCUUCAUUAGGGAUGCACCCAUCCCAUUAAUUAAUAAUUAACGAUGAGUUAAAUCAGUCAGUUACAAACCCAAUCAUGUGACAUCAGCACUAUAGUUCACCCAGUGUUGGUUAGCUUUCUGUCAAACCUGGUCAUUGGUUUCAUCCCAGUGUCUCACAAACACAAACAAACUCCACCUACAAACCAGCAACACGACACCGUAACAUCCCCAACUGCAAAUUUAAAUUCCUUUUCACGGGAUUUGCAAAUCAUUAGUCACACAUUCAUCUCAUACAUUAUAUCUCGCUUUGAGGUUACACAUCAGUUUAUAGCCACAAUUUGUGUAACUUUUUGCCAAAGCCCCGCCCCCUCGGUGUUGUAGAGCCAUCUCUCUGACCCCACCCACAAUCUUCCACUAGGUCCAACUCCCUUAGCUUUCUGGCGCCCCUUCAGCAUUCAGGAUUCUUACACCUGACCCCGCCCCCUAAGCUCUUUGAAGCCCUCCAGUUGGCCCCGCCCCCUAAGCUAUUUGAAGCUCUCCAAUUGGCCCCGCCCCCUAAGCUCUUUGAAGCCCUCCAGUUGACCCUGCCCCCUAAACUCUUUGAAGCCCUCCAGUUGACCCCGCCCCCUAAGCUCUUUGAAGCCCUCCAGUUGGCCCCGCCCCCUAAGCUCUUUGAAGCCCUCCAGUUGACCCUGCCCCCUAAACUCUUUGAAGCCCUCCAGUUGACCCCGCCCCCUAAGCUCUUUGAAGCCCUCCAGUUGGCCCCGCCCCCUAAGCGCUUUGAAGCCCCCCAGUUGACCCCGCCCCCUAAACUCUUUGAAGCCCUCCAGUUGACCCCGCCCCCUAAACUCUUUGAAGCCCUCCAGUUGGUCCCGCCCCCUAAGCUCUUUGAAGCUCUCCAGUUGGCCCCGCCCCCUAAACUCUUUGAAGCCCUCCAGUUGGCCCCGCCCCCUAAGCUCUUUGAAGCUCUCCAGUUGGCCCCGCCCCUAAGCUCUUUGAAGCCCUCCAGUUGGUCCCGCCCCUAAGCUCUUUGAAGCUCUCCAGUUGACCCCGCCCCCUAAGCUCUACUUUAAUAUCGUUCCUCAAAAACAUAAAAAUAGUGAGAUGUUUGUUACUCGAGUUGUUACCAUGUCAUCGGGGAUCAUUAAUAGUAGCAUGAAAGCUAUAAAGUUUGUAAAUUUUGAUAUAUAUUCUUAGACAUCUUAAUCAUGUUUUUGUAGUAGAUCAGGAUUCCACUUGGGAAACAAUCAAAUGUGAAGAUUAACGAAUAUGAUUAUGUAUUUACCAUUCAUGAAACUACGAUCUCAUCACUGCGUUUAAGUAUGAUUUACCUGCGUUUAUAAAUAUCACUCGGCUCCUCGACAUACAGCGAUACUCGGUAUCGGAUCGGUGCAUCCCUGAUUGUUCUAGCCGAGUUUUCUUCUUAAUAGAGGUUCAGCGUGUAUAUAAUCAGGGAUAAGACUUCUUUUCCAUUCUAGGUUAUGUUUAUGGUUCAGUAUGAUUCCAGCUGUGUGUGUGUGUGUGUGUGUGUGUGUGUUCAAUAUCGUUUUGCUGAGGAAACACUGGUUAAAAGUCCUUCAACGAAGGCAAAUAGUGAAGUGAAAUCAGUCAUUCAUAUAUAUAUAUAUAUAUAUAUAUAUAUAUAAAUAUAUAUAUAUAAUAAAUAGACUUGAAACCAUACUGCCUGCAAAAUUCUGCUGGUUGAUUUUUUUUUAUUUUUUAAAUGAUGUUUAAAAGGCCUUAGGUUUUAAUAAUUUUAGUUAAUAUAAUUAUGCGGAUAAUUAAUGUUUAGUUUGGAGCUUUCGUAUGUUAGAGUUAUGUUUUUUGGGGGUUUAACAUGUUAUUCACUGUAAACAGCGCUUUAUUCUCAUAGCAGACGAUUAGAAGAGUGGCGACGUAGCAGCUGCGUUCUGUUUCCCGCUGCAGGUUUUAUUAUUGCUGUUGUUUUAAACUCUUAAAGGUGAAACCACUGUAAUGUGACCCAUGUGAUGAAGGAAUCGUCGUGAUUGACUUGAAGUACUUUAGCCAAUAAGGGACCAAUAAUCUACAUUAACCUUCUAAAGUCUUUUAUUUUAGCGUCUUAAACGCACUCCUCUGGCCGUGCAUCAUUGGAAACGUUGUCCAAAAUCAGUCCUUUUAGCUUUUUUUUUUUUUUCCUAUCUUUCUGUUCUAAUUUCUUUCUUGUUUCGGUUCCCCCGCUGCGUGUUGUCCUGUCUGUCUGUCUGUCUCUCUGUCUGUCUGUCUCUCUGUCUCUCUGUGAGGAAUUUUGCACAUUGUAAAGCUGUAAUGGAAGUACUACUAUACUACUAAAAUCACGUAGGUGACUGUGUACAGUAAGACUGUGGAAAAUGUACAAAAAUGAGAUUGUUACGGGCAAAUUCCUAUGGAAAAACAAUCUUACUGAUGUGUGUGUGUGUGUGUGGAAAAAAGAGCCCCGCCCCCCUCCAGGUUGGAACGAGCAUGCUCGGGCUCUUUUGGACAAAAAAAAUCUUUAAGUGUGUAAAUUUUCUUUUAGUGUACACAAGGAAUUAAAAUAAUUUAAGAGAA